AUGGCAUGCAUCACACAGGCCUCCCAGACACCCCUAGUGGAGAUUUGCAGAGUGGCUACGUGGAUCUCCCUGUCUCUGUUCAUCAGACAUUACCGUCUGGACUCCUAUGAGUUUGAGGAGUAUGACUUUUGGCAGACGGUUGCUUCAUCUAAGCCUUAUGCAUUUAACCGUGUAUUCCAGUCACACACAUCACAGGAACAUGUAUAUAAUGAUUGUGCUAAAAAGAUUGUCAAAGAUGUACUUGAGGGAUACAAUGGUACAAUAUUUGCUUAUGGGCAAACAUCAUCCGGGAAAACUCACACUAUGGAGGGGAAGUUGCAUGAUCCAGAUGGCAUGGGGAUUAUUCCAAGGAUAGUGCAAGAUAUUUUUAAUUAUAUUUAUUCCAUGGAUGAAAAUUUGGAAUUUCACAUUAAGGUAUCAUAUUUUGAAAUUUAUCUGGAUAAAAUAAGGGACCUUUUGGAUGUCUCAAAGACCAACCUUUCUGUUCAUGAGGACAAAAACCGAGUACCUUACGUAAAGGGCUGCACUGAACGUUUUGUGUGUAGUCCAGAAGAAGUUAUGGAUACUAUAGAUGAAGGAAAAUCAAACAGGCAUGUAGCAGUUACAAAUAUGAAUGAACAUAGCUCUCGGAGUCAUAGCAUCUUUCUCAUUAAUGUAAAGCAAGAAAACACUCAAACAGAGCAGAAAUUGAGUGGAAAGCUUUAUCUUGUAGACUUGGCAGGUAGUGAAAAGGUUAGUAAAACUGGAGCAGAAGGUGCAGUAUUGGAUGAGGCUAAAAAUAUCAACAAAUCUCUGUCAGCUCUUGGGAAUGUUAUUUCUGCUUUAGCUGAAAAUAGUACAUAUGUACCUUAUCGAGAUAGUAAAAUGACCAGAAUUUUACAAGAUUCGUUAGGAGGCAAUUGUAGAACCACAAUUGUUAUUUGCUGCUCCCCAUCAUCUUACAAUGAAUCUGAAACAAAAUCUACACUGUUAUUUGGUCAGAGAGCCAAGACUAUCAAGAAUACAGUGUGCAUUAAUGUAGAAUUAACUGCAGAACAGUGGAAGAAAAAAUAUGAAAAAGAGAAAGAGAAAAACAAAACACUGCGUAACACUAUUCUGUGGCUUGAAAAUGAGGUCAAUAGAUGGCGCAAUGGAGAGACUGUACCUCUUGGGGAACAGUUUGAAAAGGAAAAGGUUAAUUUGGAAGCAUUUGCUGUGGAUAAAGAUAUUGCAAUUAUUAAUGAUACCUUAACUGCUACUACUGGAGUAAUUGGCAAUUUUGGUGAAGCUGAAAGGAGAAAGUAUGAAGAAGAAAUGGCCAAAAUGUAUAAACAGUUAGAUGACAAGGAUGAAGAAAUCAAUCAACAAAGCCAAUUAGUAGAAAAACUAAAAACACAGAUGUUGGAUCAGGAAGAGCUUCUAGCAUCCACCAGGUGGGACCAAGACAAUAUGCAAGCUGAACUGAAUCGCCUUCAAGCUGAAAAUGAUGCUUCUAAAGAGGAAGUAAAAGAAGUUCUCCAAGCCCUUGAGGAACUUGCUGUCAACUAUGAUCAAAAGUCACAAGAAGUUGAAGCCAAGAUAAAAGAACAUGAACUACUAAGUGAUGAAUUGAAUCAGAAAUCGGUAACAUUAGCUAGUAUAGAUACAGAGUUUCGAAAUCUUAAGGAAAUGACCAAUCAUCAGAAAAAACGUGCAGCUGAAAUGAUGGCAUCUCUGUUAAAAGAUUUUGUAGAAAUGGGAAUUGCAGUUGGAAAUAAGGAUGUAAAGCAGCUAGAAGGAACUGGUAUGAUAGAUGAGGAAUUCACAGUUGCAAGACUGUACAUCAGUAAAAUGAAAUCUGAAGUAAAGACUACGGUAAAACGAUGUAAGCAGUUAGAAAGUAUGCAAACAGAAAGGAGGAAGAAAAUGGAAGAAAAUGAAAAUGAGCUAGCAGCCUGUCAGCUUUGUAUUUCACAGCAUGAAGCCAAGAUCAAGUCACUUACAGAAUAUCUUCAGAACGUGGAACAGAAGAAAAGACAGCUUGAAGAGUCUGUGGAUUCUCUUAAUGAUGAGCUAGUUGAGCUCCGAACCCAAAAAAAAGUUCAUGAAAUGGAGAAAGAACAUCUGAACAAAGUUCAGACUGCAAAUGAGGUCAAGCAAGCAGUUGAGCAGCAAAUCCAAAGUCAUCGUGAGACUCAUCAGAAGCAGAUUAGCAGCUUGAGAGAUGAGGUUGAGGCAAAAGAAAAACUAAUUACUGAUCUGCAAGAUCAAAAUCAGAAGAUGAUGUUAGAGCAGGAACGGCUCAGAAUUGAAUAUGAUAAGCUGAAAACUGUGGAUCAGGAAAAAAGCAGGAAAUUGCAUGAACUUAUUGUUAUGCAAGAUAGAAGAGAACAAGCAAGACAAGACUUGAAAGGUUUAGAAGAGACUGUGGGCAAAGAACUUCAGACUCUGCAUAAUCUCAGGAAACUCUUUGUUCAAGAUUUUGCCACAAGGGUUAAGAAGAAUACAGAUAUUGACUCAGAUGAUACUGGUGGGAGUGCUGCCCAGAAACAGAAGAUUUCUUUUCUUGAGAACAAUCUUGAACAGCUCACAAAAGUCCACAAACAGUUGGUACGUGAUAAUGCAGAUCUUCGCUGUGAGCUUCCAAAACUGGAGAAAAGGCUUAGAGCUAUAGCUGAAAGAGUUAAAGCUUUGGAAUCAGCACUAAAAGAAGCAAAAGAGAAUGCCUCCAGAGACCGCAAGCGAUACCAACAAGAAGUAGACAGAAUUAAAGAAGCAGUGAGAUCAAAGAACAUGAUCAGAAAGGUACAUUCAGCACAGAUUGCUAAACCUAUUCGUCCUGGUCAACAUCCAGCUGCUUCUCCAACUCAUCCAAAUGCAAUUCAUGGUGGAAUUGCUUUUACUCAAAAUAGCCAGCCAGUUGCCUUACAUGGAGGUGGAGCUCAGAAAGAGGAAGCAUGA